CUCAAAAAUGAUAGAAGUCGCAUUUAAUGUGUAGUAUGAACAAGCACACAAAAAAAAUUAGAUUUGACCAAAAAAUCUGAAUUGUGCAUUUAGACCUGCUGUCUGAAUGUGGUAUUUGAUAUAUGAACACAAUAUAGUUUAAAAAUAUAAAGAUGUAAAUAUGAUUUAUAUCCUUCUGACACCCAGUAAGUAAACAUUUUUGCCAUUUUACAUUAAAUAAUUGCCUUAAUUGGAAACAGCAUGAUGCAACAGUUUUUUUCAGAUGCAUUUUUAAUUUUUUUAAAAAUAUAAUGUCCUUUUCAGUGGACAUUAUGUAAUUUUUUUAUUUUAAAGAAAAGCUGUGAAAGUCUUGUCCAUGACAGAGGACAAAAAUGCAUUGCUGGGUGUCAGGAGGUUAAAUAUGGUAUGCUUUCUUUCCAUAUAUCAGGGCCUUGGAUUUAAUAUUGAUGAUUGUCAGACUGUGAUAUUGCUUUUUUUUUUGCUGCCUUUUCCAUCACUGAAUUAUUGAAGUACACCAGCUAUGAAAGAGUAGCCUGCAGAAUUAACUAAACAUCUAAUUAACAUGAUAUUGGAUUUUUGUAUAUUUACUAACAGAAGACUUGUGUGAUAUUGUGACUUCAUGAGUGCUUCACCUUGGGCUUCCAUAUGUUAAAACAAGCAGAGUGAAUUGUUAUGAUAUAAAUGUUGUGAAUAUGCUGCCUACACUGUGAAUUGAGCCAACUAUUCUACAUAUACUGUAUUGUGCUGUAGUGUGCUGUGUGAUACUGUUACAUAUGCUUUACCUUUAAAUAAAUUUCACUGAGUAAGAAGUACCUCCACGUCUGUGAUCUGAUGCACUACGUACAUACGAACAUAUCAGACUAAGUCACAUUUCCUUUGUACACCACAUUUCCUUGUAGUUACUGUUGUGACAGGCAGUGUGCGAGUCAGGCUGCCUGUGUUCAUUAGUCUGUUGCACUGGGCUGAAACCCAGCUUCAUGAUGAAAGCCAGCUGGUGCUGUGUGUUGGGUUUGCUCCUCAUGCCCACCGAGGUGAUCCUCCAAGAAGUUUCUCAAAAUCCUUUGGCCAUCACAGCAGGGGUCAACUCCUCCGUCGACAUCACAUGCUCCACGACAAUUAAAAAUCCAUUUGGACUAAGUCUGCAGAGGCGUUUCCAACGCAACUCUGAAAAAACAGAUGUCAUGUACCUGGCCUUUAAAAAUGGAGAAGUUAUAAAGGUGACUAAGGCUCCUGAAUUUAAAGGCCGACUUCAGCACAGGCAGAGCGGGGAGGGCUGGGAGUUCACCUUGACUCUGUCUCUGCUGGGGCUGUAUGACACUGACUUGUAUUACUGCAGCUGGAAUGAAAUGGACUCACAGACCUACAGAGAAACAACAUACCCUAGCAAUGGCACCGUCAUCAUUGUAAAAGAAAGUUAUCCUGACAAGCAAUGCAAUGAACACAUAUUAGACAUCAUUUUGAUUGCCUUAAGUGUGACAACAGUACCUUUUGUAUUAAUUCUCUUCAUUGGAGCACUGAUUGGCAAACGGUUUAAAAAGAAAUUCAGACCUGAAAGACCCAACAGGCCUCAGCAUGUCUUUCCCCAGCAAAGAUUUCAGCCGUAUUCCUACUUAACAACAUCAGGAAAUCCAAUGGACUUCAGGGGCAUUUGUUAACUGCAAAACAGUUAGUUGAGGGAAAACUACCAGCUGCAGAAGACAGAUCAUAUGAACAGAUUUCACCCUUUGAGUCACCAGCUCAAGACAGCAAAGGUGUCUCAACUCUUUUUGUGUUUGCUUUGUAUUUCCUUUAUAGAUAAAUUUGUCUUUAGUUUGCAGAAAAGUGACAGAGCUACCACAUCCUGGCUGAUGUGUGUGUACAGGUGUGAUGCAUGACAACAGUUUUUGCACAGCAAGCAUGUUUUUUUUUUUUUUUUCAAUGUAUGCAAUGUAACAUACGCAAGCUUGACCUGAUGAGUUUUACAUGUCGCUUACUGUGUAAAAUAAUUCCAAUGUUUUCAUUUGUGUGAACAAUUCAUUCAUGUUCAGGCUUUAGAACAAAGACUAUUUUCUGCCUGACAUAGUGUGUGUAUUAGAUUUCAACUUUGUUCAGUUUUGCUGUUCCUUGGGCAUGUUCACAGACAGUUUAACUGUAAAUAAAUCACAACCUCAUCCUUAAGUUUUGACAAAAGAUUCAGAUGCAAAUUCCUUUGUUUCUAUCAUUCAGUCAAUCCACCACAGGUGUACUACAGGCCCAAAUCAUAACCUCAGAACAUAAUAAUAAUAAUAAUUAAAAAAAAAAAAAAGCAGAACCAGUUAGAAAAGCAGAAUUAGCCUAAACUGAGUUGUGCAGUAAGUAAACAUUAGUAAAUAAUUUAAAAAUGUAAACAAAUAAAAAAAAAAAAAAAAUAUUUAUUUAUAUAAAAACUAAGACAGUACUACACGAGUAUUACACCAUUUAUUAAAGCUGCAAAUUUAUAGAAGUAAUAGCUUUUAAAGAUUACAGAGGGUCAUUCUGCAGAAUACAAACUCAUGACGGUUUUGUCUAAAUCAAAUGAGGUCUCUUUCCACAAAUUAAUUCGCACAAACCUCGAAGGUUCAUUCACUUUCUCAACCAGACACAUUAACGUUUACGCAAUUCAAGUGGAACCUUCCAACCAAAGUUUCGCUUUUACACGGACUACAAUUACGGUGGCACACAAGGUACAAUGUCUAUUUUGAUUAUGAAAACCAUACUGUACUAUUUCAUUAAGAUGUAAAUUAUAAAAUACAUCAGGAACGCGCUUAGAAAACAGGCUAACUGCUCGCUGUCACUAACCCAUAGUGUGUUGAAACAUCCCAGAGGAGAUAAACGAUCUUUUCACCUUGGCUUUUCAACUUGAAGCUCGAAGCCGAGGUUGUGAUGUGGAGCUAGUUCUCAGACAUCAGGGAAACAACAACUGGAUACGACGUUUUAAGAUCUGUUCAAAGUCAAAGAGCUUGUUGGAGUCAGGAAAGACGAUGACCGGCCAUAAACUGAUGUUUAAAGGAUUGAAGUUGUGGAGUUCCGGUAGAGCCACUUGGAUAAAUCGAGUUCAUGAAGGUGUGAUUGUACGUGGAAGUGGAAAGGCUUUUUUUGCCUCUUGUAAUCCGAAGAUUUGUGUAGUGGGGAGUGGUCCUGCAGGAUUCUACACAGCACAGCAUUUGAUCAAGGCUCGUCAGGAUGCUGAAGUGGACAUUUAUGAACGACUUCCUGUCCCCUUUGGUCUGGUCAGGUUUGGGGUGGCACCGGAUCAUCCAGAAGUCAAGAAUGUCAUCAAUACAUUUACACAGACGGCCAAACAAUCACGCUGCAGUUUCUACGGCAAUGUAAACGUAGGGAAGGAUGUGAGCAUUGAAGAGCUGCAGCAAGCCUACCAUGCUGUCGUACUGAGUUAUGGCGCUGAGGGGAACAGGACUAUGGGAGUACCAGGUGAACAACUAGCGGGUGUGUACUCAGCCCAAAAUUUUGUAGGUUGGUACAAUGGUCUACCAAGCUGUCAGGAGUUGAACCCAGACCUGAGUUGUGAGACGGCUGUCAUUCUUGGACAGGGUAAUGUUGCCUUGGACAUAGCACGCAUUUUACUGUCUCCUGUGGACAUUUUAAAGAAGACUGACAUCACCCAACCUACCCUGGAGGCUCUGGAACGCAGCCAGAUCCGCAACGUAUUAAUUAUAGGUCGAAGAGGUCCCUUGCAAAUUGCGUGCACAAUCAAGGAGCUGAGAGAGAUGGUGAACCUGCCAGACACUAGACCAGAGAUGGUGGCAGCUGAUUUCAACGGUGUUGCAGAGGCUCUUAAAGAUGUACCGAGGCCCAGGAAACGUCUGACAGAGCUAAUGCUGAAGACGGCCUUGGACACCCCUGGAGAGAAGGAGCAAGAGAGACGAAACAAGGCCUCUCGCUCCUGGGGCUUCCGGUUCUUUCGGAGCCCUGUCGAGGUUCUGGGUGACCCGGACUCCAUGAGAGUGGUUGGCAUCCGACUGGCGGUCAACAGGCUGGAGGGUGAGGGUGAGGGAGCUCGGGCGGUGCUCACCGGUGAAGUGGAGGAUGUGAAAUGCGGUCUUGUCAUCAGCAGCAUCGGCUACAAGAGUGUCCCCAUAGAUCCAUCAGUGCCCUUUGACUCCCGCAAAGCCAUUGUUCCCAACAACAUGGGCCGCGUUCAGCAUGUUUCAGGAUUGUAUUGUAGUGGCUGGUUGAAAACAGGCCCCACUGGGGUGAUUGCCACCACAAUGAACAACAGCUUUGACACUGCACGAUCCCUGGUGGAGGACAUAGACUCUGGGACUUUAGAUGUGUCUAUUUCCAAACCUGGCUCACAAAGUAUCAGUGCGCUGCUUGAAAAGAGAGGAGUGAAACCAGUUAGCUUCUCCGACUGGGAGAAGAUUGAUAAUGCGGAGAUGAAGAAGGGGGAAGCCAGUGGAAAACCCAGAGAAAAACUACUGAGUGUGGAGGAAAUGCUGCGGGUGGUUCAGACGUGAUGGCAGUGUAAAGCAACAGUAGCUGUGGAUGUACUGGUGGGACUUCCAUGACCUCUGUGAUAUUAAGCACUUAACAUUAAUCCAAUCUGUUGUAUGCACUUAGUUCAAAGGUACUACUUACAUGGUCCUCAAGCCUUAAAAGGUUUGCAAUGUUCAUUUAAUGUUACCAUUUUACAUUACUUAAAGACUGACAUGUUUCUUGGUUCACAAUCCAAAAAAUGACUGCAAUGCAAUUAAUAGUAAACAGAUUUUUUAGUGUAUUUUGCGGUGUAUCAUACUGAACAUUAAGCACUGGAUGAAAUAUAUCUGUACACUUGAAUUAUAUGCAAAUGUAUCAAUCUUUUAUACCUAAUAAAACAUGAUUUAUGUUUUAA